AUGCUUUACCUCAUGUACAAAAAGCAAAUCACAAAAGAAGUUAUUCUUAAAGAAGAAUUAGCUUCUCCGAUGACACUCAUCAACAGCAAACUUGAUAUGUGGGUUGGGGUCAUUUUCCUUGCUGCCACAGUUUUGUUCAUGGCUUUUACAUCUAUUCCAGGUUUCAAUGUCGAAUUAUGGGUUAUUGCCGGUGUUCUUGCUUCAAUUCUACUUGUUUACAAUAUUAUUAUAGACAUAAUCCACUGCAAGAGUCCAGAGCCAUCCAAACUCAAAGAGAUCUUCUCCUCUCUUCCGUACUCAAUAAUUCCUUUCCUUCUCUCACUUUUCAUUCUUGUUUCAACACUCACAGAUACUGGAUUGUUCGAAGUAAUUGGCCGCAACAUCGCCAGACUUACAAAUAUCUCCACUCCUAUCGCAAUCUGUGUCUUUGGAGUUAUCGCAACAAUCUUUGGUAACUUGUUGAACAGUAUUCCGGCAUCUGUUGCUCUUGUUCCAAUUAUCAACAGCCUCAACCAUCCAAAACUUCUUGGCCCAAUCUACUCUUCAAUUAUUGGCUCCAACCUCACAGCUUUGUUCACUCCACUUGGAUCUCUUGCAGGAAUCAUGUGGAUUGGCCUAUUAAGAGGUAACCACGUCAAACUUGGUUUUGCUGAAUUCAUGAAGAUUGGCUUUAUUGUUACCCCAAUCACAUUAGCUCUGACACUCACAGUUCUUAUGAUUGAGCUGCUUCUUUGGUAA